CAGGCUUCACUGCCCAGGUGUACAAAUUCAGCUUGACCACGAACAGAACCCAAGUCCGCCAUGAUGGACAAACUUGCGGACGAGCUCCGAUCAUCAGCGAACGAGAAACCACGACCACAAUCCAGAAAAGUGGUCUGUCUCGCGGUCGUCUUGAUUGCAGCACUUGGGUUCUAUCAUAGAGGAUCAUGGACUCCUGGCAAUAGGAAGUUUGAGACCGCGUUAGACUCAAACGUGUCUCCGUACGGCCGUUUCCCUGUCCCUAAUGAUCCGUUCCGGUUCAUACCGUGUACUUCUACAAGUCUACCCCCACCACUGGAUGACCCUCACCCAGAGGCUUCAUGGGCGAAACUCUUUGACCCGAAGCCCACACAUUGGAAUUGGGGCAAAUCCAAAUCGAACGAAACACAUGAGAGUCUCACGGAUCCCUACGCAGGCAGAGGCAUAUUCCUCUGUGGUUACGUUGACGUGCCAUUGGAUUACACCAACAAAUCCGACAGUCGCAUUGCAAGACUCGCCGUGACGAAGUUUCAGGUCUCUGGCCUGGCACCUACCGGAUCAUGCUCUUCUGCUGGCAAGAAGAGUGAGCGAACGAUCGUUAUCGAACCCGGUGGACCUGGAGGCAGCGGGACAUCAAUGGCAUGGCGUGCGGCAGAGGAUGUGACAGAGCGGCUCAGCGAAGGUGCAUUUGACGUUCUAGGAUGGGAUCCUCGCGGUGUCAACACAUCUUUGCCUGCUAUCUCGUGUUUUCCCUAUGAUGCAGACCGUGAUCGAUGGGCAUUGUUGCGAAGCCAAGCUCGCGAAGUCUCGCCAUCUCCUAGAGCUCAGCUAGAGUUCGUGGAUGCCUUCUACGAGUCUACUUUCCGUGCUUGCUGGCAGCGUCAGGGAGAUCUGUCCCGCUUCGUCAGUACCGCUUUUGUGGCGCGGGAUUUGGAGGAGAUUAGAAAGGCCCUAGGUGAGGAUGAGCUGACGGGAUAUCUGGUCAGCUAUGGUACUGGAAUCGGUCAGACUUAUGCCAAUAUGUUCCCUGAUAGUGUGGGACGCAUGAUUCUGGAUGGCACUGAGUAUGUACGGGAUCAUCGUCUAGUUGGAGGCUUUGGAUGGACCGCGCUUGACAACGGAACCGAUGCAUGGCAUGAUGGCUUCCUCGGUGAAUGCCUCAAUGCUGGCCCUGAACACUGCGCCCUUGCGAAGCCGAGACAAGGAGAGAAUGCGACUGUUGCGGAAUUGGAAAUUAGACUCCAGAGUUUACUCCAGUCACUCAUUGAACGCCCCAUUCCAGGUUAUCGCGAGUCUAGCGGCCCUUCGCUCAUCACGUAUACCAGACUUGUAGAUAGUCUUUAUUCGGCCAUGUACAAUGCUCGAACUUGGCCAGCUCUUGCAAAGAUGCUAUACGAUCUGGAAAACGGGAACUCGACUCUCGCGACAGAGUUCCUCGACGAAUGGGAGUACGAUCCUACAUUGCCAUGCACAAGCACUCGGAAGAAGCCAUCAGGCUCAGACGAGUUAGGAAUCAUGGUCAUCUGCUCCGAUUCAUAUGAUGCACAUCAGCCUGAUGGUCUAGAUUGGUGGGACGACCUAUGGGCAAACAUGACAUCCAAAUCCUGGAUAGCAGGCAACACCCGCUUCCACAGCGUCUUCCCCUGCCGCCACUUCUCCGACUACUGGCCCCGUCCCGCCGACGUCUACCGCGGCGACCUAAACAACACUUUAAAGAACCCCGUCCUCCUCAUCGCCGAAACAUACGACCCCGCCACUCCGCUACGAAACGGACGGCGAUUGCUAAACGAGAUGGGCAAGAACGCGAGGCUGAUUGCACAUCACGGAUAUGGGCAUUCGUCGAGAGAUUCAUCGAAUUGUACGGACUCGAUUGCGAGGGGUUUUAUUUUGCGUGGGGAGUUGCCGGAAGAGGCCGAGACGGCUUGUUUUGCGGAUGAGAAGCCGUAUUUGUAUGGAGUGACUGGGAGGAGUGGAUUGGCGAGCACGCCAGACUGGGACCCUGUUGUGGAUUGGAGGGAACAUGUGGCAGAGAUGACUUUGUGGCGCUAGUGAUGGGAUCAAAGUUCAUAAUCCAAAUCAACAUAUGUUUAUAUGUACAAAUUUUGUACCAGCUAUAUCCGAGGCGCUGAUAUCUUCUUUCGAAUACUCGUCUCUAGAUUUUAGAUGCGCUAGCUCGAACUUCAGCAAAGCAAUUCCAAACUAGUUGGAUGGGACUGGAUAGACAACGGCAUAUGACCUAAGUUUUAUUGCAUAGUUCUUCAAAGCGAGAGCUAUAGCUCUAAAAGCUUUCCAGAAUAUGAUUACUAUGAAAAUUGCA